GUGAUACACCCCAAUCUUUUUCCCUCUGCCCUACCAAUUUACAAAGACCAUAAAGAAGCAUCUCUUUUCUUCAACAACCCCAGCCACCCAUCUCUCUCACUCUCACCCUCUCAUGGCUAUAAAAGCUCAACAUAGCUAGCUAGAUCUCAACUCAUUUGUGUUGACUGAGGCUAAGUAGUAAAGACUAAAGAGAGGUCUUGAUCAUAUGGACAAGUUGAGUUUUACUCAGGAAGGUGUAACCAGAAUAUUGCCUCCUGGUUUUCGCUUCCAGCCCACUGAUGAAGAGCUUGUCUUCCAGUACUUGAAAUGCAAGGUUUUCUCAUGCCCAUUGCCUGCUUCAGUCAUUCCUGAGAUCAACGUUUGCAAGUUUGAUCCAUGGGAAUUAUUGCCGGGUGAACUCGAGCAAGAGAGGUACUUUUUCAGCCAAAAGGAAGCAAAAUAUCCUAAUGGAAACCGAACCAAAAGGACAACUAAUUCUGGUUAUUGGAAGACAACUGGGACAGACAAAAAAAUUGUAUCUCCAAGAAGAAAUCAUAUUGUGGGAAUGAAAAAGACUUUGGUUUUUUACAAAGGGAAACCUCCCCAUGGGUCUAGAACUGAUUGGAUCAUGCAUGAGUAUCGUCUUGUCUAUGCAGAAACUACAGGGUGCACUUUCCCACAGAUACAUAACUCAAUCCAGAACUCUUUGGUCCAAAUGGAAAAUUGGGUUCUUUGUCGCAUUUAUUUGAAGAAAGGAAGUGUCAUGAAAAACAAUGACAUGCUGAUUAAUCAAACUAGCUCAAACAACAAAAUCGAGAAUGUUGGGGUGGCACAACCUAGAUUCUUUAAUUUUAUGUUGGGAUACAAGUCAAGUUUGCCUCUUGCUUCUUCAACUUCUUCGUCAUCAUCUUCAAGUUCCAGUACUACGACUGAGGUCUCUUCUAGUGGUGCAGAUCAUGAAGAAAGCACUAGUGCCCGCUCCACUUAUUGAUCUUUUAACUAGAAAAGAGCAAGUAACUCUAUUAAUUUGUUUGUGCUAAAUGAAUCUUGUUGAAGAAAAACAUAUCCAAAGAAGCUAGUACUUUGAUGGAGGAGAGAUUAGUCAGGAGAGUAAGAAAUGGCUGACUUGCCAUUCAACUUAAAUGAAGCUAAUUAAUUAAUUGCUUCCACUAUAUAUGUAUCUAAACAAUAGUAUGCUUGUGCCUGUUAUAAUAUGAUAUAUGUUCCUUUGUUUUA